AUGAAUUUUGAAGGUCUCGACCCCUCCCUUGCCGAGUAUGCGCCUCCCCUCCACCCUGCGCUGGACCCUGUCCUGGACCCCCAUCUCAACCCCAGCUUGCUGCAGAACGUGGAGCUGGAUCCCGAGGGGGUGCCGUUAGAGGGUAUCGCGGUGCCAGAGUCGGUGCACCUCAUGGAGGGCAUGUACAGCGAGCUGCACACCGCCGUCUCCGAAGUGGGGGUGCCCGUCUCCGUCUCCCAUUUCGACCUGCACGAAGAGAUGCUGUGGGUCGGGAACCACGGGGGCCACGCCACCUCUUUCUUCGGCCCAACGCUGGAGCGAUACUCCUCCUUCCAAGUGAACAGCAGUGACGAUAUCCGCCAGAUCCAGAGCCUGGAGAACGGUGUCCUUUUCCUGACCAAAACCAACCUGAAGUACAUGUCACGGGGGGGCCUCAUCAUUUUUGACUACCUCAUGGACGAGUCCGAGGACAUGCACAGCCUCCUGCUGACGGACAGCAGCACGCUGCUCGUUGGCGGGCUGCAGAACCACGUCAUUGAGAUAGACCUCAACACCGUCCAGGAGACGCAGAAGUACACCGUGGAGGUUCCCGGCAUCACCAUCAUGAGGCAAUCAAACCGCUUCUUUUUCUGUGGGCACACCUCGGGGAAGGUCUCCCUGCGGGAUCUGCGCACAUUUGUGGUGGAGCACGAAUUCGAUGCGUACUCGGGCAGCUUGUCUGAUUUUGAUGUCCAUGGGAACCUGCUGGUGACCUGCGGCUUCUCCAGCCGAAUGAACAGCCUCGCCUGCGACCGCUUCCUGAAGGUGUACGACCUGCGCAUGAUGCGGGCCACCACCCCGCUGCAGGUCCACAUCGACCCCUUCUUCCUCCGCUUCAUCCCCACCUACACCUCCCGCCUGGCCAUCAUCUCCCAGACAGGUCAGUGCCAGUUCUGCGAGCCCACCGGCCUCGCCAACCCUGCUGACAUCUUCCACGUGAACACCGUUGGGCCCCUGAUCAUGACCUUCGACGUCUCGGCCAGCAAGCAGGCCCUGGCCUUCGGCGACUCGGAGGGGUGCGUCCACCUCUGGGCCGACUCCCCAGAGGUCACCUUCAACGCCUACUCCCGGGAGACCGACUUUGCCUUGCCCUGCAUCGUGGACACGCUGCCCCACUUGGACUGGAACCAGGACCUCGUGCCGCUCUCGCUCAUCCCCGUGCCGCUGACCAGCGACACCCUGCUCUCCGACUGGCCCGCUGCCAACUCUGCCCCGGCACCCCGGCGAGCCCCUCCGGUAGAUCCCGAGAUUUUGCGCACCAUGAAGAAAGUGGGGUUCAUUGGCUACGCCCCAAACCCAAGGACCAAGCUCCGCAACCAGGUGCCCGCUCGGUUAAAAGAGACAGACAACGAGUUUGACAGCUUCAGCCAAGUCCCCGAGUCCCCAAUUGGGCGGGAAGAGGAGCCACACCUCUACAUGGUGGCCAAGAAGUACAGGAAGGUCACGAUCAAAUACUCCAAGCUGGGGCUGGAAGACUUUGACUUCAAGCAUUACAACAAGACGCUGUUUGCGGGCCUGGAGCCCCAUAUCCCCAACGCCUACUGCAACUGCAUGAUCCAGGUGCUGUAUUUCUUGGAGCCGGUCCGCUGCCUGGUCCAGAACCACCUGUGCCAGAAGGAGUUCUGCCUGGGCUGCGAGCUGGGCUUGCUCUUCCACAUGCUGGACCUGUCCCGAGGAGACCCCUGCCAGGGAAGCAACUUUUUGCGGGCUUUCCGCACAAUCCCAGAGGCUUCGGCGCUGGGGCUGAUCCUGGCUGACUCGGACGAAGCCACAGGGAAGGUGAACCUGGGGCGGCUGAUUCAGAGCUGGAACCGUUUCAUCCUUACUCAGCUGCACCAGGAAACCCAGGAGCAGGAGGGACCGCAGGCAUAUCGGGGGGCUGGCAGCAGCAGCUUUGGGUCCUCGGGGGACUCGGUUAUCGGGCAGCUGUUCAGCUGCGAGAUGGAGAACUGCAGCAUGUGUCGCUGCGGCAAGGAAACCGUCCGCGUGUCCUCCACGCUGCUCUUCACCCUCUCCUACCCCGAGAGCACUGAAAAGCCGGUCAAAGAUUAUGAGUUUGCCCAAAUUUUAAAGCGAAGCAUCUGCUUGGAGCAGAACACGCAAGCCUGGUGUGAGAACUGUGAGAAGUACCAGCCCACGGUCCAAACCCGGAACAUCCGCUGCCUGCCGGACGUCCUGGUCAUUAACUGUGAGGUGAACAGCUCCAAGGAGGCAGAUUUCUGGAAGACACAGGCUGAGUAUGCCUUUCAGAGAGCCAUGAUGAAGAGAGGAGGCUUUGAGAUCACCAAAGGCAAAGAAAUCUCUCUUGGAGAGUGGAAGGAGCUGGGGAACCCCUACACGGGGCAUUCGUAUCCUUCCGUGGAGGAACUGAAGAACAUUUGGAUCCCCCACGCCAUCAAGAUGAGGCUGACCAAGAGCAAGGAGUUAGAUGUCUGCAACUGGAGUGAGAGCGAUGAGCUGAGCCCGACUGACGACCCCGAGUUGGUCUAUGUCUACGAUCUAAUGGCCACCGUCGUCCACAUCCUGGAUUCCCGCACAGGGGGCAGCCUGGUGGGGCACAUCAAAGUGGGAGAGACCUACCACCAAAGGAAGGAGAGCCCCAUCGAAGCCAGCGUGCUGCUGGCGGAGGCCUCCCUGGCUCGCAAGCAGCGCAAGUGCCCCGCCACCUUCAUCCCCCUCAUGUUGAGCGAGAUGCCGCAGGCGGGCGACCUGGUGGGGCUGGACGCCGAGUUUGUCACGCUGAACGAGGAGGAGGCCGAGCUGCGCAGCGACGGGACCAAAUCCACCAUCAAGCCCAGCCAGAUGUCGGUGGCCAGAAUCACGUGCGUGCGCGGGCAGGGCCCAAACGAGGGCGUCCCCUUCAUUGAUGACUAUAUCUCCACCCAAGAGCAGGUGGUGGACUACCUGACCCAGUACUCGGGGAUCAAGCCGGGAGACCUGGACGCCAAGAUCUCCUCCAAGCACCUCACCACUCUUAAAUCCACCUACCUGAAGCUGCGCUUCCUCAUCGAUGUGGGAGUCAAGUUUGUGGGGCACGGGCUGCAGAAGGACUUCCGUGUCAUCAACCUGAUGGUGCCCUACGCCCGGUCGGAGGCACAUCUGACGGAGCUGCUGGAGCGGGUGUGUGAGAAGAUGAAGGAAUACGGGGAAAAAGUGGAUCCGUCCACACACCGUAAGAGUUAUGUCCGGGUGAUUUCCCACGACGGGACCAAGAUGGACCUCUCCGGGGUCAAAAUUGAUGGAGGGUGGCGGCACCUGCUGUGUUCGGCAUGCGAGAGCAUCGCCGAGGAGUACGAGGACGAACUCAUCGAGUUCCUCUCCCACGAGGCUGACAAUGUCAAGGACCGGCUCUGCAGCAAGCGGACGGGUGAGCUGGGCUGGGCUAACGCACCGUGUGUCCUCUUCACCGCUCGUCACGCCAGUGCCGCCACGAACCUGAAAGACGUCCUUGCCAGCAUGAUCCCCAAGGAGCAGGCGAAAAUCAAGAGCUUCAGGCAGCAGCAUGGCAACACGGCCAUUGGGCAGAUCACGGUGGACAUGGUGUACGGCGGGAUGAGGGGCAUGAAGGGGCUGAUAUACGAGACGUCCGUGCUGGAUCCUGAUGAGGUAGGGCCUGAUCCUGCCCUGCUCGGGCACCCACCUUGCGUGGGCGGCGGCGCAGUGGCUGACGCUUGUGCCGGGCUCUUCAGGGCAUCCGCUUCCGCGG